UUCACAGGAGACACAAAUGCCUCCUGAGACCAUUUACCCAUCACACCUGGGUUUUUUGUUGUCCAUGUGCAUGCUUACAGCUACACCGUUUGCAUGUGAGCAAACAUCUUACGAGCAAGUCUCGUAGGAAUCAUUGCUAUUUGAGUCAAAACAGUGAAAAGAUCUGAAGUUCUCUGACUUUUGUCACAGCAGCACAAGAAUCAUGAACAACUCCUCAAUAUGCUGCACUUACGAAACGCCCAUGCUGGACCACUACCUCCCCCUAAUGUUCACCGAGUUCGUAUUGGGCCUUAUGGGGAACGUCCUCGCCCUCUCAGUGUUCUUCUUUCACAGGGACACCUGGAAGCCCAAUUCUAUUUAUCUUGCCCAUCUAGCUCUGGCGAACUCAUUGGUCCUUUUCUGCCUUCCUUUCAGGGCCGACUACUACCGCAGGGGCAAAGACUGGAUCUACAGAGACGCUUUCUGCCGUAUUUUGCUCUUUCUUUUGGCUGCCAACAGAGCUGCAGGUAUAUUCUUCCUCACUGCUGUCGCCGUGGACCGAUACCUGAAGAUCGUCCACCCUCUCAACCGCAUCAACCGAUGCUGGCCUUUGAGUUCUCAUCAUAGCCAUGACCGUCUACCUCCUAACAGAUUAACAUUUCUGCUAUCUUAA